UUUUAUCCCAGCAGUAUGCCUCUCAGUUCCUGGUGAGGAAACGUCGAGCAAAUUCUUUCAUGGAAGAAAGUAAGAAAGGAAAUUUAGAAAGAGAGUGCAUUGAAGAAUUGUGCAAUAAGGAAGAAGCCAGGGAAAUCUUUGAAAAUAAUCCUGAAACUGACUAUUUUUAUCCCAAAUAUUUAAGCUGCCUCGCCUCCCAUCGAGCAGGGAUUUUCAGGGUGACUGCAGUUACUCCAGAUUCUCCAGCUGACCUGAGGGCUUGUGUCAGUGAAAUUUCAAACCAGUGUAGCCCUCUGCCGUGCCAUGAAGUUGGAUAUAAGUAUUGCGUAGAUGGACAAGCCAACUACACAUGUGUCUGUAAAGCAGGAUGGCAAGGAGAGAAAUGCGAAGAAGAUAGAAAUGAAUGUGAAGACUUAAAUGGAGGCUGUAGCCAACGCUGUUCUAAUUUACCUGGAAGCUACCGUUGUUUAUGCGAAGAUGGCUACUUCAUGCAUGCAAAUAAACGGGAUUGUGGAGAUAUAAAUGAAUGUUUGUUACAGCCAAGCAUCUGCGGGACAGCCACCUGCUACAACACCCCGGGGAAAUACGAAUGUCUGUGUGCAGAAGGCUACAGGUACAAUUUAACUUCCAAGAACUGUGAAGAUAUCGAUGAAUGUGCUGAAAAUGUUUGUACUCAACUCUGUGUAAACUCUCCAGGAAGUUACCGCUGCUAUUGUGAUGGCAAGAAAGGGUUCAAGCUCUCUAAGGACAUGAAGACGUGUGAGUCUGUUACUACGUGUAUCCCACUGAACCUUGAAAAGAAUUACGAACUGCUUUACCUGGCAGAGCAAUUUAUGGGAAUUCCUGUUCUGUACUUAAAGUUUAAGUUGCCAAAUGUCACAAGAUUUACAGCAGAGUUUGACUUCCGGACAUAUGAUGCAGAGGGUGUUAUACUGUAUGCAGAAUCCCUUGACAAUAGAGCAUGGAUCUUGCUUGCUCUUCGUGAUGGGAAGAUUGAAAUUCAAUUCAAGAACGAAUUUGGAACAAAAGUCACCAGUGGAGGCAAAGCCAUUAAUGAUGGACUGUGGCAUAUAAUCUCGGUUGAAGAACUAGAACACAGCAUCAGUGUGAAAAUAGCUAAAGAAGCCGUGAUGAGUAUUAACAGUCCAGGAACCCUUUUUAAACAAUCGCAGGGUUUCUUGGAAACAAAGGUGUACAUUGCAGGAUUACCUCGCAAAGUGGGCAGCGCUCUUGUUAAACAGAUUAACCCCCGGCUAGAUGGCUGCAUUCGUGCCUGGAACCUGAUGAAUCAGGGACAUUCAGGUGUAAAAGAAGUUAUUCAGGAAAAACAAAGCAAACACUGCUUAGUAGCAGUGGGGAGAGGAUCCUUCUACCCUGGCACUGGAAUGGCAAAGUUUCAGAUAAACUAUAGCAAUCUUGACAGUGCUGAAGAUUGGCUGAUAAACGUGACUUUGACUAUUCGCCCAUCCACAGACACCGGCGUUAUGUUUGCCUUGGUUUCCAGUGAAACAGUGCCUCUCGCCUUGUCCAUAGUGGACUCGAACUCCUCUGACUCCCAGAAAAUCAUUGUGACCAUUGGAAAUGUCAUAGUUGCACAUCUGGAAUCAAAGAAGUUAUGUACACCCAGAAAAGUGCUGGUUGGACUUCUGGUAACCAGACAGCAACUUGAACUCUCUGUUGAUUCACACACAGACAGAAGCAAUUCAGAGCAACUCUCUGUCCUGCACCAAGCGAUGAUGGCAGACGUUGUUACCUACUUGGGCGGCCUGCCAGAUGUUCCUCUGGGUGCUACGUUAGUAACCGCUUUUUAUAAUGGCUGCAUGGAGGUGGAGGUCAACAGCAGACAGCUGGAUCUGGAUGAGGCCGUCGCUAAACACAACGACAUUAGAGCUCACUCGUGCCCACUGAUUAUGCAGUAA